AUGUCGACCCAAUCACCUACUCCUCUGACUCCUAAGGGUCCUCGCAACAACCGACGCACCCCUAAACGGAAUGCAAUUCCCUCCACACAAAAGAACACUUUUCUAUCGACACCUCCGUCCUCCCCUCCGAGGAACCUGAGUCCAGGGGGAACAGCUACAGACUCGUCUGUUAAUGUGAAUAUGUCCAAGAAAAAGAACGGCAGGUCCACCAAGAAACCGCGAGAGGGAUUCAUCAAAGCUUCCCCGGCACCACCAGUAAAUGGCCAUCGGCACAUCAGUUCGAAUACGGUCAAUAAUAAUAAUGGCAACGCAAUUCUUCCUCCAAGGGACAGUCCGCAUUACGCAGGCCCUACUUUCCAUGCGUCCCCCGCUCCCUCCGCGCUUCCGAUCCCGAGCUUCUUUUCCAAGUCUCUUCCCGAAUCCGACCUCGCGCCAGCACUAGAAUCCGAUGCCGAAAAUCCGGAUGCCGAGCCCGAUUAUGAGACCACUCCGUCGAAGCCUAAACCACGUCCCCAAGUCCAGGAUGGAAAGCCGGAGUCCACUCCUCUCGAUUUUCUCUUCAAGGCGGCAGUCGAAGCCAGAAAUGUGCAACCACAACGCAGUCCCGAAGCAACCACUCACACUCGGAUUCGGUCUCCUCAGACAGAUUCCAAAACGUUGCGACAGCGUGGCUUUAAUGACUCUUCCAACGGGAUAUUCCCUUUCGAUAUGGGAAGCCCAGAGCCACGCUCCUCCCAGAUUGGGCCCUCGUUUGCUCCGUCUUACAAAGACCGUAUGAACGCCAUGCGGGCCACCAAUUCCCCUCCGUCGGCUGAAGUCGAGCUCGAUGAGGGUCAAAGAAAGGCCAAAACCGAGGCUUUGAAGACCCUACUCCUUAAUCCGCGUCCUCAAAGACCGUCGUCCGCGUCGAAUUUGGCUCAGGGUCCAGCUGAGCGCCCGAAGGAACAUCCGAAUGCCAAUCUCAGCAUCCCUCAUUUUGCCACACCUCUCAGAACGACCUCCAGCCCGCCAGGCCCGAUUCCUGAUGCGGCACGCAACAACUAUCAGUCUAUGACUGCGAACUCGUUCUAUCCCCGGCCUAACUACGCACAUUCCGGCACCCCCCAGCAAAACGUUCGCCAAACACAUGUGCCCUACGAUAACACCCGGUCUCCGGGUAAUUAUACACCGCACGCCCCUGUCCGCCACCAAUCCUCGCCUGUCCGAGCCAACCCGGUGGGCUCACCCCAGGUGCUGGACACAAAGAAAAUGGAGGAUGAUCUGCGGAAGAUCCUGAAGCUUGAUGCAAACCCUGGUUUUGCAUCCCCCGGCAUCCAAAGCUCUUACGCCUGA